AUGGUGAACGGGACUGCCGCGGUGCUGGAGCCCACAUUCACCGGCUAUGUGGCCACCACCCAAGAUGCCCUCAUCCUCUUCGAGGCCUGUCUCACCGGCGUCUUGCAUCAUGUUCCUCGUCGCCCACACGACAGGGAGCGCUCCCAUCUCGUGCGCUCGGGGAGUGUCUUCAUCUAUGAGGAGAAUUCCUCGGGAAUCAAGCGUUGGACCGACGGCGUCACUUGGUCCCCGAGUCGCAUCUUGGGUAACUUCCUCGUCUAUCGCGAAUUAGAGAAACCAUUCCCCCCGGGUGAGAAGAAGCGCGCCAUGAAAAAGGCCAAUCGUCGACCGCAACGGCUCAACUGGUUCAGGCUACUCGCCCACCUCACCCCGGGACCCUUUGGAGAGCGCACACAUCAGUCCGAACUGGAACGCGCCCUCGUGGGAUCGCUGGUCGAUUCGUACGGUUUCAAGGACUCCGGUCUGGUCAAGAAGACCAUGUCCGUCACCGUCAUGGGCAUCACCCACCACUUGGUCUCCUAUUAUAGCGUUGAAGAUGUGAUGCGCGGCGCACUCAACCCACCAUCCAUAGUCGAAUCACUGCGCUAUAUUCGACCUCGUGUUGACCUUACUCAGAAACAAAGCUUCCGGGCUCCGAUCGACGAUCUCGAGACGAGUGCCAUGGAAUCCGCCCAUGAUCCCUCCCACGCCGCUCUCUACGGAUACCGGCCUCAACAAAUCAUGGCGCCACCAACAUAUGGAAUGCCCAACCCACCCGCAGAUUUCUAUACCAUGCACGCCGCCAACCCUUACCCCGCCACACAUCCUCCCCAAUCCGGCCCGAUCGCCGGCUACUCCAUGGGCGCGUCGAUGCCAACACAACAAGCACCGAACCCAUAUCUCCCCUCACCCGCCUCAGCGGCAUCCAUGACCCCCAAGGUGGAAGAUUACCACGCCUUCCGCACAGGACCGUACGGUGGCAGCAUGGACUCAAUGAGCCACUCAGCACUCUCCUCAUCGAUCCCAGGAGCUCUCAACACCGCGAUCCCAAGCUCGAUGAGCGAUCGCAAUCGCUCCACAUCCGACCACUCCCCAUCCGCCUACCGCAACUCAUCCAUCUCCUCCCGCAGCGUCGCCACAGACGCAACUUCUCCCAUGGACCCUUCGACUCCCGCCACCUACUCCCGCAGCAGCUUCAGUAUCCCCGGCCAGUUGGAUUCAUCGCAUUCUCACCCCCACCCUCACCACCAGAUGGACCGCGGAAUCGGCCCUCUCGACCCGACUGUCCCGCGCCGUGAAUCAAAUCCCAUGCAUCAGCAGAGUUACUAUGCGCCAGAUCGCUCGCAGUAUUACAUGGGUUCCAACUCCACCGGUGAACCACGCGCAUUACGCGACUGCUCAACCUCUGUCAACGUGGACGACGACCGCGCCCGCCCAGCCACAAAUUUGAUCCAACUACAAAUUUGA